UUGAACCGAGCGGCACAAAGGAGGGUCCCUUAAGAAGUGUCAUUGGAUUAGCCAGCCGGCAUCUGCCUUCAGUCGGAUAGUAACACCUUGAGAGAGGUGCAUCGUCUCAUGCAUGUCGACGUCUUCAUGGUCGCUUCAUUUUUUAAAGGAUGAAGCAUGUGAAGAUCGUACAUCUGCCGCUGGUCUUUGCUUUCCUGCACGCCUGCUUUGGACAAGCAGACUUUGCCCCUUACUUCUUCGACAAUGGACCGUACAGCCACAGCGGGAACAUGGCCCUGUUCAGUCUCUCAGAGGACACACCUGUUGGUACACAAAUCUACUGCCUUAAUGGCACCGACCCAGAGGGCCAGGAGGUGAGCUACGGCCUUUCCUUCGACCCAGGCUCCAAGGAGUACUUCAGAGUCAACCCAGAGACAGGAAACAUCACCUUAGUGGAAAAGCUCGACAGAGAGAAACAAGAUUCUUUCGACGUUCUGGUCAGCAUCACGGACGGGAAAAGCGAGGUUGUGGAAAGAGUGACAAUAUUUGUGAUGGACGCGAACGAUGAGAAACCCGAACUCCACAACAUGCCUGCAAUCAUUGACGUACUGGAGACGACAGAAUCCGGACACAGCAUCUUCAAAGCGGAGGCAGUGGACAGAGACACGGGCUCAGGGGGCUCGGUCACCUACUACCUCCUGAAUGCACAUUCCAGUUUGUUUGCGAUCGACAGACACAGCGGAGUUAUUCGCAUCAAGCCUGAGGAGUGGCUGGACUAUGAGAAAACAAAGACACACUUUGUCACUGUCAUUGCAAAGGACGGGGGAGGUAAUUUCAAUGACAAAGAGCAGUUUUUGUCCUCCUCUGCCACCCUGACAAUUAAUGUGAUAGACGAACAAGACACGCCGCCAUCUUUUAUCGGGACGCCUUACUUUGGCUACGUUUACGAAGUGUCGACGCCGGGUUCUGAGAUAUUCACAGUUGUGGCCAAAGAUGGCGAUGUGGGGAACCCAAAUCCAAUUCGUUAUUCUUUUGACGACGGGGAUGAUGGAGUUUUUAGGAUCAACGAGACAAGUGGCCUCAUCACCCUGCUGACAAGUCCCAUUUAUCUCAAGAGAGAAAUCUUUAACAUUAAAGUCAAGGCAUCCGAAGUGAGUCCAAGAGGCAGACUCCUGGACUACGGGGUGACCACGGUGGUGAUCCGUGUGGUGGACCUGAAUAACAACCCGCCGACUUUCUACGGUGAGAACGGCACCCAAAGCAUGUUUGAGCUGACCAUGUACGAGCACCCCCCGGAAGGGGAGAUACUCCGGGGGCUGAAAAUCACAGUGAAUGACUCCGAUCAGGGAGCCAAUGCAAAAUUCAACCUGAAGCUGAUCGGGCCUGGAAGGAUGCUGCGAGUGGUCCCACAGACGGUACUCAACGAGGCCCAAGUCACGAUAUUGGUGGAAGAUUCUGCAGCCAUGGAUUACGAGAAACACCACUUCCUCACUUACAAGCUCCUUGCUGUUGAGAUCGACACGCCGGAGAGGUUCAGCUCCACGGCCGACAUCGUCAUCCAUCUCCUGGACACCAAUGACAACGCGCCCAAAUUCUCCUCAGACUACUACAUCGCCAGAAUCCCAGAGAAUUCACCUGGCGGCUCCAACGUUGUGUCAGUCCUGGCAAUAGACCCGGACUCUGGACCAUGGGGUGACGUGAAGUACUCCAUCUAUGGAUCCGGUGCUGAUUUGUUCUUGAUCCAGCCUUUAACUGGCAUCAUCUAUACACAGCCGUGGGCCAGCCUGGAUGCAGAAGUCAGGUCCAAGUACAACUUCUACGUCAAGGCAGAGGACUCUGAAGGCAAGUACAGCCUGGCUGAGGUCUUCGUCACCGUGUUGGACCUGAACGACCACCCGCCUGCUUUCAACGAUAACUUCCUGGAGAAGACCAUGGUGAUAGGAGCUCCAGUUAAAAAUCGAGGUAAUUGUGAUUCGGAAGAUGCUGUUGACGACGACGCAGAGGUGCCCAACAACGUUAUAGAGUACGCCAUCAUGAAAGCUGACCCGGACAACAACAUCUUUGAUAUCGACUGCGACACCGGCGAGAUCAACCUGAAGUCCUACAUCAAGUCCAUGGCCAUCAUUCAGAACAUCACCAAGCAGAAAGACUGCACGUGGUCCCUCGUGGUCCGCCGGGACCGAGGACAGCCGUCGUUCAGCACCACCGCCGUGGUCAAGAUAGACAUCACCGAAGCUACCCGACUCGAGGGGGGGCCGUUGGGAUCGUUUUUAAUGCACAAUAGAAACAAGCCCUUGCAAAUCGUAGGCAUGCUGGCAGGCGUCAUUAGUUUAAUGGUCAUAGUCACGGUCAUCAUCUCCACCGUCACCUUCGUGCGCAACAAAAAGUCCAACCGGGUGUUGCCCAACCGCCGCGUGAGGAGGAGGCCCCGCAACCAGAACCCCUGGACCUUCAAGAACCCCUUCAGGACACCAGGGAACCCCGAGGAGAAGUUCCAAGCGCAGGGGGAGGAAGAGCCGGAAGACAAGACGGAGAACGUCAACCACAACAACAACGUCACCAACGUCGUCAGGUACUGGCCGCCGCCGCCUCCGCUUCCCUGCGCCCCCUCGCUCCCGCCCCCGCCGCCGCCGCCUUACAUCCCGGGGGAGAGGAGGUGGGUGGUGCCCACGGUGUCGGCCACGACGGCGGCACGGCCCAAGAAGAAGUCAGUGGUGUCGGGUCAGGACACGGUCAACAAGGCGCUGGUGUCAGAACUCAAAAUGAGACUGGAGCAGAAGAGGUUGCGCAAUCAUUUAUAGUGUGUGUGUGUGUGUGUGUGUGUGUGUGUGUGUGUGUGUGUGUGUGUGUGUGUGUGUGUGUGUGUGUGUGUGUGUGUGUGUGUGUGUGUGUGUGUGUGUGUGUGUGUGUGUGUGUGUGUGUGCUGGCAAUGCUUACUUAAUGGAGACAUCGCUCUGUUUACACCAGAGGCGUCCAAACAUUUUCCAGCGAGGGCCACAUAGAGGAAAAUUGAAGGUUGCGAGGGCCACUUUUAUACAUUUUUGUAUAUGAAAAAUACUCAAACCAAAACAAUAUAGGUGAACAUAUGCUAACAUUUGAAAAAAAAAGUUCUACAUCUUAGCUUUGUGUUAUAGAUCAGUGGUCCCCAACCUUUUUGUAACUGCGGACAAAAAUGUAUCCCACGGACCAAGGGUACGGUAUUUUUUUAUUUUUUUGUCAUAAAAAAAUACAAUCAUGUGUGUAUCCCUUGCAGACUGUAUUGAUAUAUAUUGAUAUAUAAUGUAGGAACCAGAAAUAUUAAUAACAGAAAGAAACAACCCUUUUGUGUGA